GUUGGAGUUAGAAUUAGGAGGAGUUAUUGAGGAGGGUGUGAUAACAAACACGAGACAGUCUCGUCCCACCCUGAAGAAAAGCCAAUCCCACGCCAAGAGAAGAACCAAAACCAACAAAUACAAAGCCAAUUAAAAGACUCUCUCUACGACUCAUUCUUCCCCCAUAUCUUUCUCUACCCCCUGUUUUCAAUCUCUAUAUCUAUACAAGCAUGAUUUGCUUUUUUAUUGUUUUACACCCCAUUUCAGUCUGUUGAUCAACUUCUCCUUCACCCACCCUGCAUCCCUUUUUAUUUUUAUUGCUUUCCAAUGGCUGUUCAAGCUCAGUAUCCUUCCAAUGUGCUCUUCUUAAACAGAGGUGGACAAGAGGAGCAUGAAUUUUCGUUGCAGCAACAAGCGGGAGGAGUUUUUCUUAAUCAACCCCAUAUGUUAUUCAACAAUGGCACCAACAAUAAUAUUAAUCCAAGGAAAAGAGCAAGGGAAGUUACGGCAGGGGCGGCAAUAACUACGCCCAUGAAUUCAUAUUCUUUGCAAAUGCAACCGCCUCAGCUGAUAGAGCUUUCCCAACUCCACCAACCGAAUGUGGUUUCCACCGGCCUCCGAUUAUCUUUCGGCGGCGACCAACAACAAUAUCAGAAUCAGAAUCUUCAAAACCAACAACAACAACACCAACACCAACAACGGCAACAGAAUCUUGUUCCCAGCUCCACUCUUUUUUUGUCCGUGGUAUCCGAUGAAUUGGCUACCCAAAUCAAACGCCAGAGAGAAGAAUUGGACCAAUUUCUUCAAGCCCAGGGAAAGGAAUUACGGCGAACGUUAGCGGAGAAAAGGAAUAGGCACUACCAUGCGCUGUUGGCGGCAGCGGAGGAAUCCGUGGCGAGGAGGUUAAGAGAGAAAGAAGCGGAAGUGGAGAAAGCGAAGCGGCGGAACGCCGAGUUGGAGGCACGCGCAGCGCAACUAAGCGUAGAGGUUCAGGUCUGGCAAGCGAAAGCCAGGGCACAGGAGGCAACAGCGACUUCGUUACAAGCACAGCUCCAACAGGCUAUGAUUGGCUGUGGGGCUGCUGCGGUGACACAAGAUAGUAGGAGAGGGGAGGAAGGGAUAGAAGGACAGGCGGAGGACGCCGAGUCGGCUUACGUGGACCCUGAACGGAUGGUUUCUUCGGGACCAUCUUGCAAGGCGUGUCGGACACGCGUCGCCUCGGUGGUGCUGCUUCCGUGUCGGCAUCUUUGCCUUUGUACAGAGUGUGACCGAGUGGCGCAAGCCUGCCCGCUUUGCCUCGCCGUUCGGAAUUCUAGCGUUGAGGUUUUCCUUUCUUGAAAAAAAAAACAAAAAUCACAAUCAAAAUAACCUUUGAGUACAAUAAAAAAUUUACAUUUCUAAAAAAUUUCUUUUGGGGGUCUGAUGUUAUUAGUUUUUUUACCAAUGACCCAGAAAUUUUACUUUUAUUUUUCCUUUUACUUGGUUCCCAAUGUACAUGGCCACUUGGGUAGUGGCAUUGUCUCUCUCCAUCUUGUCUUCUUUUUAAUUUAUUUUUUAAAAACUUUAAAUGAAAUAUAUAAAUUCUUUGAUUACGGUUUUAA